CCACGCUGCGGUCCCCCGGCCGGGGCGGGAGGGCGCCGCGCUUGUUGGGAUGCUUUGCGGCAGUUUCGCCGCCGCUGUGCGAGCGCGCUGCGUGGCGCGGACCGGGCGGUGGGUGCCGCGAGCCGGGAGGGCGUUCUCCAUGCUCCGGAUCUCUUCCCGGCCCUGCCUCCAGAGCCCGGUCCUCGGACCCGGGCCGCCAGGCCGACCGGUGGCUCUGGGCGCCGCGCACACCGCUCGUCUGCUGCAGGAACGCAGCCCAUCGCGCUGCUGGCACAGGCAGGGGUCCUGGGCGUCCCGGGAGCAGGGCCGGAGGGGCUGACGAGCUGGUCCUGACGCCCCCACCAGACUCUUGAGUUCUUCUUGAAUUGCCAAUUUUCAGCCUCCUCAUGCCUCCGUCUCCUUUAGAUGACAGGGUAGUAGUGGCACUGUCUAGGCCCAUCCGACCUCAGGAUCUCGGCCUUUGUUUAGACUCUAGCUCCCUUGGCUCUGCCACCCCCGGCAGGAGCAGCCACCUGUCUGUCAUCGCCACUACCACCACCGUGUCCCUCAAGGCUGCGAAUCUGACGUAUAUGCCCUCACCUAGCGGCUCUGCCCGCUCCCUGAAUUGUGGGUGCAGCAGUGCAAGCUGCUGCUCUGUGGCAGCCUACGACAAGGACAGUCAGGCCCAGACCCAAGCCAUCGCUGCAGGUACUGCCACCACCGCUGUAGGAACCUCUACCACCUGCCCUGCCAACCAGAUGGUCAACAACAAUGAGCACACAGGCUCUCUAAGUCUGUCCGGCGGGGUGGGCAGCCCUGUGACAGGGGCCCCCAAGCAGCUGGCCAGCAUCAAAAUCAUCUACCCCAAUGACCUGGCCAAGAAGAUGACCAAGGGCAGCAAGAGUCACCUGCCCAGCCAGAGCCCCGUCAUCAUCGACUGCAGGCCCUUCAUGGAGUACAACAAGAGUCACAUCCAAGGAGCUGUCCACAUCAACUGUGCCGACAAGAUCAGCCGGCGGAGGCUGCAGCAGGGCAAGAUCACAGUCCUGGACUUGAUUUCCUGUCGGGAAGGCAAGGACUCUUUCAAGAGGAUCUUUUCCAAAGAGAUUAUAGUUUACGAUGAGAACACCAAUGAGCCGAGCCGGGUGAUGCCCUCGCAGCCUCUCCACAUAGUGCUUGAGUCCCUGAAGAGAGAAGGCAAAGACCCCCUGGUGUUGAAAGGAGGACUCAGCAGCUUCAAGCAGAACCAUGAGAACUUGUGCGACAACUCCCUGCAGUUGCAGGAGUGUCGGGAGGCGGGCGCUGCCGCUGCAGCCCCUGGCCUGCUACCUCAACCUGUGCCCAGCACCCCAGACAUCGAGAGCGCUGAGCUCACGCCCAUCUUGCCCUUCCUGUUCCUGGGGAACGAGCAGGACGCCCAGGACCUGGACACCAUGCAGCGGCUUAACAUCGGCUACGUGAUCAACGUCACCACGCACCUGCCCCUGUACCACUACGAGAAGGGGCUGCUCAACUACAAGCGCCUGCCGGCCACCGACAGCAGCAAGCAGAACCUGCGGCAGUACUUCGAGGAGGCCUUUGAGUUCAUCGAGGAGGCACAUCAGUGCGGCAAGGGGCUCCUCAUCCACUGCCAGGCCGGUGUGUCCCGGUCCGCCACCAUCGUCAUCGCCUACCUGAUGAAGCACACCUGGAUGACCAUGACAGAUGCCUACAAAUUUGUCAAAGGCAAAAGACCAAUUAUUUCCCCGAACCUUAACUUCAUGGGGCAGUUGCUGGAGUUUGAGGAAGACCUGAACAACGGGGUGACACCGCGGAUCCUGACCCCCAAGCUCAUGGGCGUGGAGACAGUGGUGUGACAGCCGCCGAGGGUGGACUCUGGUUUUGUCAGUUUUCUUUCUUUCUCUUUUUUAGUUGGAGGUGUAGUUUGUGAAUGGAAGCAAACUUGUUUAGAGACUUUCUAUUUUUAACAAGUGUGAGCAGACUGAAACCUUUUGCGGCCAUUGAGCUCUACUCCCCGCCAAACCCCAGCGGGAAGGCUGAGAGGUCGUUGUCAAAGUCCAGCGCAAAAACCUAAGGACCGACUCUUCCCGUUCCUUUAAGCUAUUCGUAGAGUUUACAACAAAGUAGUCUGUGCAGGUUCAUAGACCGAAGAUACCAAACCUUAUGCCCGUUCAGAAGAACCCAAAGUGAGGAGCGAGGACGUGGAAUGCUGCAGCUCGGGGUCUCCCCGCGCCCCACGAGGAAACCAAACCCGGCCACGCGAGCCCCACCACACUCUCACCCAGAGAGCCAGGGGUUUCUCCGGCCCAGAGCCCUUCUGCCUUCCCUAAAGACACCGAUGAUGCUGUUACUUAGUGUGUUUCGUGCCUGGAUGCCCUCUCCUGGGCUAAGAGGGUUUUUGGAGUAAAAGGCAGUGGCGGGACACCCCACCCCACAGCUUUGUGCAGUUGCCCGAGUGGGAGCCGGCCCCAGCCCCGGGGUGCCGGGACGGAAUUCAGCAAUGCCGGUUACUCCCCGCCUUUGCCUUUUUCCUCUUCUCCCUUUUGAUUCGAUUCUGGUUACAGUGCCACCAACCUUGUUACAUAUGUAUAUCAGAAUGUAAAAAAAAAAAAAGACAAAAAUUUAUUUAAAAAUAUUUUUCGCAAAAAAACCAAAACUUGGUGUGUUUCUGUUGAUUGUGUAAAAAUUUAUUUUCAUUACAUAAAUGAAACUCACUUUGGGA